AUGAGUUAUCUGAAACUGCCAUCCCAAAAAAUUCUGGCCAAACACUUGAGAUGCUGCACUGCAACACAGGAAACAGCCGGCAGGGAGCAGAGCAUUUGGAAGUGUCAGUUAGGUCACAGAAGCUUUACAGUAUCUCCAUCUGUAUGGAUUCAAGGAACUGUUGUGCAGGUUUCAGAUUGUGGAAGCAAAGUCAUUGUUGAUGAUGGCACAGGCAUCGUAAUUCUCUCUGACUGUGACAAAGUUUGUUCAAAAGUGAUGUUGACAAAAGGUAUGUAUGUCAUGGCAGUGGGAAGUUUGCAGUCAGGUGAAGAAUGCCCUGUUAUGGUACCUAUCAAACUACAGGACUUGUCAUCCAUUGAUCACGCAGAAACACUGUGGCCCUUGGAAGUUAUAGAUCAGUUGAACUUUUUGAAAAGCUGA